UAUAGCUGAGACCAGAACAUCACCGCCAAUUCCGCCCAAGACCAAAGUCUUUGGCUUUCUCUUCCCAUUCGAUGCCAAGCAUCAAAAGGAGGAGAGAGAUAGAGACCCAUUAAUGUUUCUCCAUUUACAUACACAAAUAUAAAGAACAAAUACAUAUAUUUAUAUAUAUAAACAGAGAGAGAGAGAGAGAGAGAGAGAGAGAGAGAUGGGGUUGAUGGGUGGUGAGGAAAAUGGGAAGGGAGAGGGGGUGGUAGAGAUUCAUAUGGGAAGCAAAAACAAGUACAAGAGGAUGGAUUCUGAUGGCACCGAGGAGGAUGAGGCAUUGUCCAAUGAAGGCAUAGCAAAAAAGAACCAUAACACCAGGAGAUUUGUCUUUGUCUGUGCCAUCUUUGCCUCCCUCAACUCCGUGCUUCUUGGAUACGACGUGGGUGUUAUGAGUGGAGCAAUUUUAUUCAUUCAGGAGGAUCUGAAGAUAACAGAGGUACAGGAAGAAGUUCUUGUUGGAAUUCUGAGCAUAAUUUCCCUAUUGGGUAGUUUAGCUGGUGGAAAAACAUCAGAUGCUAUUGGUAGAAAGUGGACAAUUGCAUUUGCAGCCAUUGUGUUUCAGACAGGUGCUGUUGUAAUGACUCUUGCUCCAAAUUUUGGAAUACUGAUGGUAGGUAGGCUCUUGGCUGGAGUGGGAAUUGGCUUUGGAGUCAUGAUUGCUCCUGUAUAUAUUGCUGAGAUAGCACCUGCCAUUGCCAGAGGAUCUCUUACCUCCUUCCCUGAGAUAUUUAUAAAUCUAGGAAUCCUUCUCGGAUAUGUAUCGAACUAUACUUUUUCAGGGCUGCCCGCACAUAUAAGCUGGAGGAUCAUGCUUGGCGUGGGAACCCUUCCCUCAGUUUUUAUUGGGUUUGCUCUGUUUGUGAUCCCUGAAUCCCCGAGGUGGCUAAUUAUGCAGAACAGGGUUGAAGAAGCAAGAGCAGUGCUUUUAAAGAUAAAUGAGAGUGAAACAGAAGUGGAAGAGAGACUAGCAGAAAUACAGCUAGCUGCCGGGACAGCUAAUGCAGAGAAGUAUGAAGCAAAAGCUGUCUGGCGCGAAAUAUUAAAUCCUUCUCCUCCAGUGCGGCGGAUGCUAAUCACUGGUUGCGGAAUCCAGUGUUUCCAACAGAUUACAGGUAUAGAUGCAACUGUUUAUUAUAGUCCCACAAUCUUCAAAGAAGCUGGAAUUGAAGGCAAUACUCAGCUUCUUGCAGCAACCGUUGCUGUUGGGUUGACCAAAACUCUGUUCAUCUUGGUAGCCAUAUUUCUUAUUGACAAGGUGGGGAGAAAGCCUUUACUUUACAUAAGCACAAUCGGAAUGACUACUUGCUUAUUGGGUCUCAGCCUUACUCUAGCUUUCAUGGGGAAUGAAAAGAUCGGGAUUGGAAUGGCGAUUUUAGCAGUUUGUGGGAAUGUAGCAUUCUUCUCAGUAGGACUCGGCCCGAUUUGUUGGGUGUUGUCAUCUGAAAUCUUCCCUCUAAGGCUUAGAGCUCAAGCAUCAGCCCUUGGGGCAGUGGGUAGUAGGGUCAGCAGUGGCGUGGUUGCUAUGUCCUUCCUCUCCGUGUCCCGUGCAAUUACAGUAGCGGGAACCUUCUUAAUUUUUGCUGUAAUUUCAGUUUUCGCCAUUGUUUUUGUCCAUACAUGCGUUCCAGAAACCAAAGGAAAGUCUUUAGAGCAAAUUGAACUGCUCUUUCAAAACGAGGGAGCAUGGAGAGGAGGCGAGGUUGAAAUGGGAGAUGCAGAGCGUCUGGUGCAGAGAGAACAAGUGGGUGGCAUGUCUGAUUCCUAAACCACAAACUUCGAACAAGAAGCUCCAAAUUCUAAAACUCCUUCAGGUAGUGGGAGGUGAUUACAGAGGAUUCUUCUAAAUUCCCAAGAUGGAAUAUUCUUCUAAAACUCCAUGAUGCCAUGGAUAAGAGUUGCACACCAAUGUGCUUGGACUUAAUUAUUGGGAGCUUAAUGUGUGCAAUAGCUCCUCUAUGAUUCUUUUGUCUUACAGUCUUCCUCCGUGAUUCUUUGUCUUACAGUCUUGUGGAGAUCGAGUACAGAUUGCAUUGAUUCCAUCAAACUAGUAAAACAAUCGUGUAUCUAGCCAGACAGAUAAGCAUAUUCUAGUACAUGUUCCUCCAUUGUUGUUCUGUUUCAAAUUCUCUUUGCUCUUUUGGGCAACAAAGUUGCUGUAUUCUUGGACUAAAUUUUUACCUGCUUUCUGGAUGCUGAUUCAUAAAUUUGGUUAAAACAAGAAAUAAUACACAAAUUGCCACUAAAUUUAUUCAAA